AUGACUGCGGGGAUGCAAAAACAGACUGCGCAUGAGCGCCGGAAAGGGGAGUCGGCUUUGAGUGAAUUCGCCGACUACGUCGAGAAGCAGCAAAAGAACCGCCCCUCCGCCGGCCGCGCGGGCUCUGUAGCCCCAAGCGACAGUGGCUACUCGACUCAAAGCACCCAGUGUGAAGAGCACGCUGAGCUUGACAUUCUUGAUUCCCUCAAUCUCGCCGAGACUUCCACUCAAGUCCGACUGAAAGACCUGCUCUUGGAUUCGGGCGAAGAUGCUGAGGUGACUCUACAACAACUCAGCGAAGUCCUGCAGAAGCGCAUGUUGGAAGGCAAUGGAGAGACGCUUUUCGACCUCGGGCAGGAAGACAAUGGAGAGUCAAUGUCGUUUUCGAAAGAGCAGUGGGACGUUGCGUUAGACAGGAUACGGCGGGCUGCCAAGUUACUGCAGGCGGAAUGCCGAAUACUUAUGACGCGAAAUGUGGGAGGGCCUGAAGAGGUAGAGACAAUGAACGAGAAGCACCAGAGUGCUAUGGGGAAGAUCAUGAUACGGCAGGAGCCCGAAACCCCAGAGGAUGUCAUUGAGACUCGAAUAGCGGUAGUGGGAAAUGUGGAUGCUGGCAAAAGCACCAUGCUGGGUGUGCUUGUCAAGGGAGGCCUCGACGAUGGCCGAGGCAAAGCACGGGUCAACCUUUUCAGGCAUAAGCACGAAAUCGAAAGUGGACGGACAAGUUCCGUCGGCAUGGAGAUCAUGGGCUUCGAUACGCGCGGGGACAUUGUUGCCUCAAAUGUGCCUGGCCGGAAGUUGUCAUGGGAAGAGAUUGGCAAACGCUCAGCAAAAGUCAUCAGCUUCACAGAUUUGGCCGGCCACGAGCGAUAUCUACGGACAACAGUCUUUGGGUUGCUGAGUAGCAGCCCAAACUACUGCCUACUCAUGGUCGCUGCAAAUAAUGGUCUCAUUGGAAUGAGCAAAGAACAUUUGGGUAUCGCCCUCGCCCUGAAUGUCCCAGUAAUGGUAGUCAUCACCAAAAUCGACAUCUGCCCACCUCAAAUCCUCCAGCAAACCAUCACCCAGCUUACCCGCAUCCUCAAAUCACCCGGCGCGCGGAAAAUCCCUAUCUUCAUCAAGAACCGAGAAGAUACCAUCGAAACGGCCACGCAAUUCGUCAGUCAGCGCAUCUGUCCUGUCUUCCAAGUUUCAAACGUCACGGGUGAAUCCCUCGACCUCGUCCGGACCUUCCUCAACAUUCUUCCGCACCACGGAAACUACGACGCCGAAGCCCCCUUUGAAUUCCACGUCAAUGACACCUUCUCCGUGCCCUUCGUCGGCACAGUCGUAUCCGGCGUUGUCAAAAGUGGCGUCAUCCAUGCCGGCGAUGCUGUCUUGAUAGGGCCUGACUCCCUAGGCCAGUUCACCACAACCCACAUCCGCUCCAUUGAACGGAAACGUAUCCCAGUCCCCGUUUGUAGCGCCGGUCAAUCUGCCUCCUUCGCUCUGAAAAGGAUCCGAAGGAAAGAAGUCCGCAAAGGCAUGGUUGUGCUCCCAAAACUCGACGCUCCUCCCAAAGUCUACAGGGAGUUCAUCGCCGAAGUCCUAAUCCUCUCGCACGCAACCACCAUCAAGACGAAGUAUCAGGCCAUGUUGCAUGUAGGCCCAAUCAGCCAGACAUGCGCCAUCAUCGACAUUGACAGAGCGUUCAUCAGAACAGGGGACAGGGCGACCGUGGCAUUCCGAUUUGUGCAAAGACCAGAGUAUAUGGCGGUCGGCGAUCGGAUAUUGUUCAGGGAGGGAAGGACGAAAGGCUUGGGCAUUGUGAAAGCGGUGGGCUACGAUGCUUCGAAACCCUUAGAUCCGGACGCGGGAAAAGACGCCAAUGGAGGAGGUGCAUGA